AGUGGUGUAUCACUGGUAUGGUAUAUUUACAGGCUUUAUCAAAACCAAGAUUCUUACAGAUAAUCAAAACCACAGGGAAGAUAACGUGAUAAGGAGCGUAGGAAGCGGAAACAAUAGGAGUAAGCUGUGUUGAGUGACUACUUAUUUCUGAAAGUAUUUGUGCAGUGGCAGGAAAUGGCGGCUGCAUCGCUUGCUCGUAGCUUUAUUUUGCGAUCGUCGCGCACUUUUUCUGGUGCUCGGGCCCUUGCCAUCAACACAUUUGGAGGUGAUAUACAUCAAAGGAAUUUUGGCUCAAAAAGCGUACUGGCAAAGUAUGGUGGUCGGUACACAGUAUCGAUGCUUCCCGGAGCUGGAAUCGGACCAGAGAUGAUGAACCAUGUGAAGGAAGUGUUCAGGUAUGCAGGUGUACCUGUUGACUUUGAAGAGAUAAAUGUGGACACCAGUGGUGAUGAUGCUGCCUCCAUGAAGGCUGCCAUCACAUCCAUCCGCCGCAAUGGGGUGGCAAUCAAGGGGAACAUUGAAUCACGCUCCAAUCUGCCUGGCACCAUUUCUCACAAUGUGGAGCUGCGCAACCAGCUGGAUCUCUUUGCAUAUGUGCUGCACUGCCGCUCCCAUGCCACAGUUCCCACCCGCCACCCUGACAUUGACAUUGUCAUAAUCAGGCAGAACACAGAGGGAGAGUAUGCCAUGAUGGAGCAUGAGAAUGUUCCAGGGGUGAUUGAGAGCCUGAAGGUGAUCACCCUCUCCAACUGUGAGCGCCUGGCUCGCUUCACCUUUGGCUACGCCAUGGAGCACGGCAGGAAGAAGGUGACAGCCAUCCACAAGGCCAACAUCAUGAAGCUAUCUGAUGGCCUCUUCUUGGAGACCAUGAAGCGCAUCUCCAAGGAGUACCCUUCUAUUGAGUUCAGCGGGAUGAUUGUGGACAACUGCUGCAUGCAGAUGGUCUCCCGCCCAGAGCAGUUUGACGUGAUGGUGAUGCCCAACCUGUACGGCACAGUGGUGUCCAACGUGGCGUGCGGCCUGGCCGGAGGGCCCGGCAUCAUGUCCGGCCGCAACUACGGCACCGAGUACGCCGUGUUCGAGCCGGGCACCCGCAACACGGGCAGCGGCAUGGUCGGCAUGAACAUCGCCAACCCGCUGGCCAUGCUGAACGCGGCCUGCGACCUGCUCAGCCACCUGGCGCUCGACCAGCACGAGGCGCUCAUCAGGAGCGCCAUCGACCGGGCCAUCGGCGAGCGCAUCCUGACGCCGGACGCCGGCGGCAGCCAAACCACCUCCAACGUGGUGCAGUUCAUCAUCGACGACAUCAAGGAGAACGAGCGCGCCGAGCGGUGGGGCCACGCGGCCGCCUGAGGUGAACCCUGUAUCCUGACCCCGCCCUGAGUGAGGGGCUGAGCGGUGGGGGCUCGCGGCGGCUGCCUGAGGCGCCCCUCCUCCUGUUCUGAGUGGCUGCUUCCCAGGUGGACUGGUUUCCCUAUUGAUCAGUCCCUAUGGAUACCAGUAGUGGCAAUAGUAUCUGAUAAUUGUCUGCAAACAAUAGUAUUUAUUUCUUUUGCAAACUACUUUGUAUGGUUUGCUGUACUAGGAAUAUCAAUGGAUUUUGGUACAUGCCCACCUAUCCGGUUGUUAUGUUUGUAAUAUUGAUGAACGCAUAUGAGGAAAAUUAUCACUCAUUUUUGUUGAGUCAUGCCAUAGUUGCUCGGCCCAAUCCCAUUGCAUCGUUCGUCACUGACAGUCGUUGCUGCUAAUUUACGAUGGUCGUGCUGUGCCGAAGUGGUGUGCUGGUGCGGUGAGUAAUAUAUGUGGAACUGAG